AUGAGUGACUACCUGCUCCAAGCUGCUGAAAUAUUAACUAGGGAUUUCUGGGCACUCAAUGCUGCUCGGCCGGAGGACCAGCCGUGGGACGUAGUCUGGCUGUGGUACCCUGGGACAGGCUGCUGCUGUGCUCCGAACUGGAGUGUGCCGUUAGAUGGAGGUCUCCGAUCUGGAUCCGGACCCUCGGGCGGAGGGGUCUGAGGGUGAGGGGUCGUGUGUCCCGAGUAGUGGUGGGGACAGCCCUGGGAGGGAGCCGGUUGUGCUUCAGUACCCUGUAGAGUAUGAUCAGCACGGGAAGAAGAUGCCAUUUCACCAUGUGACGGCAGGACUUCUGUACAAAGGGAACUACUUGAGUCGCUCUCUGUCUGACCACAGCAAUAGCGAGCAGCUUGCCAGCAUCUCUGUGGAGGAACUAGAUGAGAUCCGUGAGGCGUUCAGGGUCCUGGAUCGGGAUGGCAAUGGCUUCAUCUCCAAGCAAGAGCUUGGCAUGGCCAUGCGCUCACUAGGGUACAUGCCCAGUGAAGUAGAGCUGGCAAUCAUCAUGCAGAGAUUGGACAUGGAUGGUGAUGGACAAGUGGACUUCGAUGAAUUCAUGACGAUACUAGGACCUAAGCUCCUCUCCUCAGAAACACGGGAAGGUUUCCUUGGAAACACAAUAGACAGCAUAUUCUGGCAGUUUGACAUGCAGCGGAUAACACUAGAGGAGCUGAAGCACAUCCUCUUUCAUGCCUUCCGAGACCACCUGACGAUGAAAGAUAUCGAGAACAUCAUCAUUAAUGAGGAGGAGAGCUUGAACGAGAACUCUGGGAACUGUCAGACAGAGUUUGAAGGAGUUCAUCCCAAAAAGAAAAACCGGCAGACGUGCGUGCGCAAGAGCCUGAUCUGCGCUUUCGCCAUGGCCUUCAUCAUCAGCGUCAUGCUCAUCGCAGCAAAUCAGAUGCUGCGCAAUGGCAUGGAGUAGCGACACCACUGUGAGCGGGGCGGAGCCUGCAUGUGCAUGUCUGUCAAUGAAGUCAUUUCCAGAAACUAACAAAACCAAACACCUCACUACUGAAAAGAGGAGCUUUUAUUAUUUUUUAAUUUUUAUUUGCACGUUAUUUUUCCACUCGGACCAAGCGACACAGGAAGUGUGCGGCGAGCGAAGCCAGCAUGUUUCUCACUGGCAGGGACUUUAAAGGGCUGACUUUCUGCUUUUCGUGGCACCUCUGUUCCCUAAUGCAAUAACGUGCAGGAGUUCAUAAGCACCUCUUUUGUUUUGCCGUCUCGUCUGUGGCUCCGAUUUCAGCAUGGAUUGGUUGUUGAGUUUCGGCUCGGCUCAGGCCGGCUUUCAAUGUAGGAAGGCAAAAGUAAUUGGCACCUCAUUUCACCUGUGUGGGAGGGGGAGUUGCAGCAUUCAUUCCACUGACUAUUUUUUGUCUGCUCUCGCCAGGGUGCUUUUCUGGCUCUGGUGGGAGGCUGGGAAAUGAGUGCUCUCUGUAGUCCAUAAUUAAAUCCAUAUUUGUUGGCUCUAAAAAUCUAUAAACCUGACUUUAAUAAUUUUUUAUGUUUUUUGCUGUUCUAUUGUGUUAGGAAAAAUCUCAGAUCUCAUCUUCCCUUGUCUAAUGCUUUUUCUAAAGUGGGUUUGUUAUGAGUAGCAGAUACUGUAUGAACUGUGUUUGAGUCUGUAAUUCUUCAAGAAGCUUUAAGGGAUAGUUAACCCAAAAUUCUGUCAUUUAGGCUUGGAAUUGAUGCCUUUUUCACGCAUCGAUAAUUGGAAGAUUUUCCAGAUGAUUAUUGAUAUAUAUAUCGGGAUUUUUUUUUCAGAUAUAAAUAGGACUGCUCAUUGCACAAUAGUCUUUGUCUCUUCAGACAUACACAACUUUAAUAAAGUGUGAGUGGCAGGGUAAAUUAAAGGGGUCGCACAUCGGAUGCAUCUGACGGAUGACAUGGCGCGUUCUAAAAUUAGAAACUUUAUUUAUUUUGUACAAAAUGUACGCACACACCACCAAUGCUCAGUGUCAACAUUCUACAGUGCCACGGAGCGCAACUCGCAUAGAUUUCCAUUAAAUUCGUCCCAAAUCAUAAUAAAAGGACAAAGAUUAUUUACUCUAGCCAUCACUGGAUUAUCUAUUGCGAACAUGUAUCUUUCAUAUAGCCUGCACCAGGGGUCGGCAACCUAUGGCACACGUGCCAGCAUUGGCACGUGGAGGGGUAAUCACUGGCAAGCCAGCAACGGCGAGAGAAGCGAAGACUAUUUUAUUUAUAUAAAUUCCGCACCUGAAUUCCAAUCUACAUCUUGAUGUAAUCCUUCCUCAUGAUCACGCAGCGUGUUUUCAUCAGCUGAAUGGGAGGCUAAGCAAAAAGUUAAAAUGUAACGAGACUGCAGUUUACCCAACAGAUUCGUGCAGCGCGUGCAAGCCAUUCGCACAUCAAAAUCCGGCAGCGCUUCACAUUUGGUUAAUCGCACGAGUAAACGCGCCCGCUUUGCAUUGGUCAGGCUGCGCGGAUGACAGCCUACAUUCCGUGUUUCAUUGGUUUCUUUUUACUUUCAGAACAACACGUGCUGUAAUAAGGAAAACACCACUAUUAAUCCUUGAGAUUUCGCAUACAGUUACACCCUCCUUAAACCUUAAAUGGACACACUCAAAAUUACAUUAAACGAUUAAAAGAGAAAACAUAAACCCACAUCGUAGGGUUCAAAAAUCUUUUCAAGUCUAUUCAAAAUAUAAAUUAAACCUGGAAAUAAAGUUUUAGGAUUUUGCAGGUGCAAUUCACAGAAAAGGGCUUAAUAGUUGAUCGGCUUGUGAUGCGCGAAUGGCUUGUGCGCAGCGCGAAUCUCGUC